UCAUCUGCACAACAAUUAAUGUGGACGGCCAUGUCCUGGCUGUGUCUGACAACAUGUUCAUCCACAACAACUCGAAGCAUGGGCGACGAGCUCGGAGGCUCGAUCCCUGUGAAGCAGCCACUCCAUGCAUCAAAGCAAUUAGCCCGAGUGAAGGGUGGACGACAGGAGGAGCCACUGUCAUCAUUAUCGGAGACAACUUCUUUGAUGGAUUACAGGUUGUUUUUGGAACGAUGCUGGUCUGGAGUGAGCUGAUCACGCCUCAUGCCAUCCGAGUGCAGACCCCCCCACGGCACAUCCCAGGAGUGGUGGAAGUUACGCUGUCCUACAAAUCGAAGCAGUUCUGUAAAGGAGCACCAGGGAGGUUUGUCUACACAGCGUUGAACGAGCCUACCAUUGACUACGGAUUCCAGCGGCUACAAAAAGUCAUUCCACGGCACCCUGGGGACCCUGAACGAUUACCGAAGGAGGUACUGCUGAAACGGGCUGCUGACCUGGUUGAAGCCUUGUAUGGAAUGCCACACAACAACCAGGAGAUUAUCCUGAAGCGAGCGGCAGAUAUUGCGGAAGCUCUUUACAGUGUCCCCAGGAGCCACAACCAGCUUCCAUCACUUGCCAAUACAUCGGGCCAUUCGGCGAUGAUGGGGGUGAACUCCUUUAGCAGCCAGCUGGCAGUCAACGUGUCCGAGACAUCACAGGCCAGCGACCAAGGUUACACCCGCAACACCAACAGCGUCUCCCCCCGAGGCUAUGUGACCAGCUCCACCCCCCAGCAGCCCAGCUACAACACCAGCAGCAUGAAUGGGUAUGGGAACACUGGGAUGUCCAACUUGGGAAUACCGGGCUCUCCGAGCUUCCUGAAUGGAUCCGCUGCCAACUCUCCUUAUGCCAUCGUGCCGUCCAGUCCUCCCAUGACGGCUUCCUCCAUCACCCUGUCUUCCAAUGGUAACACUACCCCAGGCAUUUUCUCAUUCUCUCCUGUCAAUAUGAUCUCUGCAGUGAAACAGAAGAGCGCCUUUGCCCCUGUCGUUAGGCCUCAGGCCUCUCCGCCCCCUACCUGCACCGGCUCCAAUGGGAACAACCUGCAAGCCAUGUCUGGCCUGAUAGUUCCUCCGAUGUAGCAGAGGCAGCUUAUGCAUGAUGAAGGCAAACAGCUCCACACGUCAACAGAUGGAGCCAAACAGGAAACAAGGCCCCAACAUCGCCCCCUCUUUUUCUUUAUUUCGUCUGUCCCCAACCACCUCCCCCACACCCCCGCACCUUUAUUUUGAGACGUUUCAUGCAAUGACAAUAUUUUAUCCGUGAACUCUUAGAAUUUUUUUAUUGAAGCGAUACUCUGAGCAGUUGUCCGUGUGUUAAACAAUGGGAGGUGAUGUGCAGGAGACAGAUAAUGAACUUAACCUGCCUCUCCCCCCACCAUCAACCAUCACUUCCCAACCUUUCCUAGACUCCUCAAACCUCCAAAUUACCCCCUUCUGCACCCCUCCCGAUCUCCUCAUCCAGCAUACCCCACCCCCCUGUCUCCUUUCACUCAAAUGGGCCAAUGACUAUGAGCACAACCAUUCGAAAAGCCAACAUCAAGGAGAUCAGUUCCUCAUUCUUUUCCUUUAUUCUGUAUGGAACAAAGAGUAUUGGGACAUGAGCGAAGAGACGAGAAAUUCUUAACAUUGAUGACAGUCACAACAGUGAGAGGAGAACUGAGAGACAUCUUAGCAUCAAAAUCACUUCCAGUUGAUGCCAACAAGAUUGUGUGAAGAAACGUGAAGAGGAGUCAAGAGAGAAUACUCAACAAAGGGAGGACCACGUUGGUUGUAUCAUCAGUGAAGGUUUGAUCACACCAUGCCUUUUAGAUCCCACAUGGUUGUGGUAGCCUUUGUACACCAGUGUGCUGUUCCCCAAACAGCCUGUUGCUCCUGAAGGUGUGGUGACAUAUUACUUAAAUAUUAUGAGAAGCAUCCCAAUUAAAUCUCAUGGAAUUCUCUCUCCCUCUCCCUUUUCUGUUUCUCUUGUCACCUUGGGCAGAAGCCAUCAUACCAAUGUCCAUCACAUCCCUUUCGUGAAGCAUAAGCUUGCGAGGAAUUAUCCAGCCAGGCCUAUCCCGCGGCUCUUUGAAAAGUUCCAGAUGGCGUGCUCGUCACUGCACAGAAUAUUCCCAGGGCUCCAGAGCAUUCCGUCCGUGGUGUUUCUGUCACAGCGCGAGAUCCCAAGUUUCCUGAGUGCUUGACCUAAUGGGCAAGAACAUUCAGCUUCACAACUCUUUGUAUAAAGAACAGGAGGAGUUGGGUAAAGAAACAAAUCUGACCAGGCCCAAUCCAGCUGGGAACAAGGUCUGCACAGAUACAAUGGAGAUAGGUUUUCACAAAGGUGUCUCCAAUUUGCUUUUCGUAUGUGAAUUCGUGUCUCAGUGGGUGCCACCCAAGAGUCAGGAGGUUGUGCCUUUCAGCUCUGCUCCAGAGAUUUGCACAAAUGUCCUCCAAUACUUAACCGAGGGAAUGCAGCACUGUCAGAAGUAGGCUCUUUUAUUUAAAUAGAAGCUCCCUCAUGUGGGCAAUACCAUUCUGAAAACAAACAGGAAAACGUCCAUGGUUCACCGAUAACAUUUAUCCACCCUCCAACAUCGCCAAAGCAAAUAGUUUUGUCAUUUUCACACUGUUGGGCAUGUUCAAAUUGGCUGCCAAUGUGUCCUACUUUGCUCCUACUUCUGAAGUGCUGCACUGUCUGGGAAAUCCUGCAGGAUAUCCUGAGGUUGUGACAGGUGCUACAUGAACACAAGUCCUACACCAGCUGGCAACCCAACUGGGUACAUUAGUGUCAGACAUGACAGGUUCAGCUGGAGGAGAUGGGGGUGGAAUUGUCAAAGAUUAAUAUACAAGAGUCAACAGAUAUGAAGCCGGAAAAGCAUAGAAAGUCAGACAGCAUCCAAGGAGCAGGAAAGACAAUGUUUUGGGCUGAAAGAUUUUAACUUCUAGCAUCUUCAGUCCUUACUGUCUCCAAGUCAAUUAAUAAAUAGGAGACAGGAGGCCAUUGAGCUGAUUUUUUCCCGUUGAGCACAAGUACUUGACCAUAGCACACUUUGCUUAAUAUCCCAUGCUCACUGCAAAUUCCAUUCUCAUCAGGGAUAACAGGGACCAAACACAAUUAGUCAAACAAUGAUGUUUGCUAUAUUGUGAACUUAAUGAUGCAAAAUCUGAUCUUGUCACACUACAGACUGGUGGCCAGGCAUGAGUCCAUUGGUGCUCCAAAGUAGCUUUAAAUGAAAUCACGAUGGCUACAGAUGGGUUCAUGAGCUCAUGAGUGGGAAAUGUGAACAUGUUCACUUUAGUAGGAAGAAUAGAAACUCAACACACUAUUUAAAUGGAGAGAGAUUCCUAACCUUGUUGAUACGAACAAUCUUGGUGUCCUGGUAUGUGAAUCACAAUAGAUACCGUAAAUGCAUAUAAACACAGGGAAAGCCAAGGAAAUAUUUAUGUUGCAAUGAGAAUGGAUGAUAAAAGUAGGGAUGAUAAUUAUAGUUGUACAGGGCUUUGGUGUGAUCACUUCUGGAGCAAAGCAUAAAGUUUCAGUCUCCUUAUUUGAGAAAGGAUGUAACUAUGCUAGAAACAGUUUACAGAAGGAACACAUGACUCAUUCCUGCAAUGAAUGGAUGAUUUAUGACUCAAUGACUCUGUGAUUCUAUAGAGAAAGGUGGAACGGGUUGGGCAUUUAGCCAUUGGAGUUUUGAAACAUAAGAAGUCAUUAUUUUUAAACAUUUAGGACCCUGAGGACCGCAUCUAAGGUUACUCUGCAAGAAAAAAGCUCAAUGUGCUUGAAGGAGUGGGAUCCUAUAUCCUUCUAUCUCAAAUGAAGGACUUGAUAGGUGGAUAAGAAAGAUAUUUUCCCCUGAGGGCCAGACUAGAACCAAGGGCUGCAGGUUGAGUGUAGAAGAUCUUCCUCUGAAGGUGGAGAUGAGAUGAUUUUCUUUUUCUCUUUUGGAAAGUCAUUAGAGUGUUAAAUUCUCAUUCCCAGUGAAGAUUGGGUCAUUGACCAUAUCCAAGGCUGAGUUAGAUAGAUUCCUGAUGGAGAAGUGAAUCAUGGAUUCUGAGGGAGCAAACAGGACAAUGGUGUUGAGAACACAAUCUAACCAACCCUGAUUUAUCAAAUGGCAAAAUAAAGUCAAAGAGCCUCAUGGCCUGCUCCUGAGUCCUAUGUUUCAAAGUUCCAAACUGUUAAUUUUGGAAUCUUGAUGUGCACAAAUGACUUCUCUGCCUGCCUAACCACAGUAGCUGUGCAUCAACUACCACGCCACACAUAUUAAAAUAAUAUGACUUGACAAAACAAGGGUUUGGGGCAAUGGCAGGAAAGUGGAAUGUUUCAAAUACGUUCAUGGGAUGUGAGCACCACUGACUAGGCCAGAUUAUGCUGCCCACCUCUAGUUACUGUCAAGCAGAACUUGUGAUGUAGCUACUUCCAAAAUGUUUUUUUUAAUUGGUUUGAUACCACAGAACGGCUUGCUAGAUAAUUAAGAAACGCCAUAAUCGCUCUGAGCUGGAGAUAUAUGUAGGCCAGAUGAAGCAGGGACAGAAAUUGUCCUGACGCUCGUUAAUAAUUCCAGAUCAUUUUUACAGUAAUCCAUAAUCAUUGUUAAUAACCUAACUUUCUGUUGCAGAUUUUUACUAAUUCGUUGAAUUUGUACAAUGAUACAUUUUUGAAAGAUGAAUAAGUUGCUGCAUCAAUGCAUGGUAAUCUUUUUUUGUUUGCAAUAGUAACCCAUUAUUUAAACCAUUUCCUGGGUCCUCUGUGUCAUGGGGAUGACUUGAAGCAGAUUAAAACCUUUCUUACAUUAGCUGAUAGUGGCCUUUUUUAUACUUCAUGGUGAGAGUGUGUUUUCCAAAUGUUGCUCACUCAAACUCAUUCCCAAGCCUGUGACUUCUCCCGUCCUGCUGCCUAGAAUAACAAGGUGAGAAGUCAGUGGAAGCCUAAAGAACCAUCCUGACGUGUAACUGUAUUAAGCUUUCCUUCAGUGUUGGCAGGUCAAAAUCCCUUUUGUAAAAAGAGAAUUCUUUCAUGGGUACCGGCAUCACAAUUCAAAUCCCUAAUUGCCUUUGAAAUGAAUGGCCAUUUCAGAAGACACUACUGUGGUUGACUUUGAACCAUGAAGUCACAUUUUAGGACAGACCAAGUGAGGAUGGCAGAUUUCCUUCCCUAAAGGUCUUUAGUGAAUCAGAUGGCUAGGGCUGUCAUUAUAGCUGUUGAUAGCUUCACGGCUCCUAUUACCAACAUGCAAUUCUAUAUUUAAUUACUUGAAUUUAAUUAAUCCCAGCUACCUUAAAAUCAUACGAGUAGCAACAGAAGUAGGCCAUUCAGCCCCUCGAGCCUGCUUUGCCAUUCAAUACGAUCAGCCAUGAUCUGACAUUCCUCAC